CAAAUAUAAAUCAAAAUUUUAAGAAAAAAGUACAUAUCUACUCUAUUCUCUAAGGAUAUUAUGAAAUAUGCUCUAAGAUAAUUCCAUAAAUUAAUAUUCACUUCACAUAUUCAAAAUAUAAAUGAAGAAAGAAUUAUAGAUAGGGUAAGAGGAGAGAGAAUAAAGAAAUGAAAAUUUAGAAGAAGAAUAAGAUGAAUUUAUUGUUGUGGCAAUUUAGCCCAAGCACUAAAAUGAUUUACUACAAAAAAUUUUGGAAUUAAAAAGGUGGAGAAAAAAUAGGAAAAAAUAAUCUAGAAAUUCAAAAAUAAAAUUAAGAAAUUGGAUCAUAAUGAGGAUUUAAAUGAUGAUUAUAAUAAAACAGAUAAAAAGGAUGAAGGAUAUGAAUCAGAUUCUUCAUCUAAUGUAUCUCUACUUAGAGAUAAUGAUGAUUAGAAAAAGAAUUAGAAAAUAAAAAAUAAGUUAGUGGAAAAAAGGAAGAUAAAAAAAAGAAAGAAAAUAAAAAGUUAAAAAAUAGAGAACAGAGAAAAAGAAUAACUAAACUUCCUAAAAAUAAUUUUAAAAAAUAAAGGUAAUCUUAUUUAAGAAAAUUUUUCAUUUUCUUCUUUCAGAUUUAUUAAUUCAAUUUAUCAGAGUUUUCUAGAUUAUUUUAAAAUUUCUUCAUAUAAAAAUAUGCAAAAUAUAAAUUAAUUAUCUGCUCGUAUAUAAUAGAACAUUUCUAAGUAAUUUUCCACCUAAACAGAUUAAAAGGGUAAUCAAAACUUAAAUACAUCUGAUACCUAAAAAUUGUUGAAAUAAAUUUAGAUCAUUAAAGAAUGGGAUAAAAAAAAUAAAAAAGCAAAAUGCAUAGCUCUUAAUAAAAAGUUAUAAUUUGAAUAUUUGUCUGAACCAAAAUAAAUAAAUGUUAAAUAGUUUAUUUAGAAAGAACAUCAAUUUGAUGAACAAAAAAGGAAUUCUGUUGAUAUUGACAAUAAAGAAAGUUAGACAUGGAGGAUUGAGAGAUAGAUGAGAUAAAGCUUAAACCUUAAGGAUUUGCACAAAUUGGAUGAGUCAAUAGCUAUUGAUAUACUUAAGAGGUCAUUUAAAAAUACUGAGACAAAUUUUUAUGAAUUUAAACCCAAAUCAUAAUAAAGAGCAAGGAGUCAUUAAGUCGAAAAAAGAGAUAUAAUGAAUUUAUCUAGUAAACCAUUCAAUAUUCCAAAAACUAAGAACAAAUUAAAUAAUACUGCUAAUGAUGUAAAAAUAAUUAAGAAAUNUCUCUACUUAGAGAUAAUGAUGAUUAGAAAAAGAAUUAGAAAAUAAAAAAUAAGUUAGUGGAAAAAAGGAAGAUAAAAAAAAGAAAGAAAAUAAAAAGUUAAAAAAUAGAGAACAGAGAAAAAGAAUAACUAAACUUCCUAAAAAUAAUUUUAAAAAAUAAAGGUAAUCUUAUUUAAGAAAAUUUUUCAUUUUCUUCUUUCAGAUUUAUUAAUUCAAUUUAUCAGAGUUUUCUAGAUUAUUUUAAAAUUUCUUCAUAUAAAAAUAUGCAAAAUAUAAAUUAAUUAUCUGCUCGUAUAUAAUAGAACAUUUCUAAGUAAUUUUCCACCUAAACAGAUUAAAAGGGUAAUCAAAACUUAAAUACAUCUGAUACCUAAAAAUUGUUGAAAUAAAUUUAGAUCAUUAAAGAAUGGGAUAAAAAAAAUAAAAAAGCAAAAUGCAUAGCUCUUAAUAAAAAGUUAUAAUUUGAAUAUUUGUCUGAACCAAAAUAAAUAAAUGUUAAAUAGUUUAUUUAGAAAGAACAUCAAUUUGAUGAACAAAAAAGGAAUUCUGUUGAUAUUGACAAUAAAGAAAGUUAGACAUGGAGGAUUGAGAGAUAGAUGAGAUAAAGCUUAAACCUUAAGGAUUUGCACAAAUUGGAUGAGUCAAUAGCUAUUGAUAUACUUAAGAGGUCAUUUAAAAAUACUGAGACAAAUUUUUAUGAAUUUAAACCCAAAUCAUAAUAAAGAGCAAGGAGUCAUUAAGUCGAAAAAAGAGAUAUAAUGAAUUUAUCUAGUAAACCAUUCAAUAUUCCAAAAACUAAGAACAAAUUAAAUAAUACUGCUAAUGAUGUAAAAAUAAUUAAGAAAUAAAAAAUUCUAUAUAAAUUGCCUGAAUUUAAUACAGGAAUUCCAAUUAUUAAAACUUAAAGAAGCAUGAAAAAAUCUCGUAAUCAUAACCCUUUUUCAACAAUGAAUUAAUUUAAUUAUACCAGAUUACAUAAAUCAUUUUGGGUAUCUAAUUUUUGA